CUUUGACAGUUUACUAGGUACUGCAUGAUGUGAUUACUCCGUCGUAUACUUAGGAUAACAGCUGCGGUAUUGAUUAGCACUUGAAAAGCCACUUCCAUAUUUUCUGGUCAAAGAUGAUGUGUUAUUAGGGCUGAAGGAAAAAAUCAGGCUUUUUUAAGCAAGGUACCAAGUCUGAAGUUCGCAAGAACGUUAAACAUUCCAUAUUUUAGCUCAUGGGAGCCUGUGGAUGCAGUUGACAGUUGAUCCUGAAAGUGCUGAAAUUACGGCAGAUCAGCACGUUCAUGAAGUAGAGGAGGCGGCAUUGACUUCAAGUCUUUGUCCUCAACAGAUUGCAAAGAUGUUUUCCCUGUUGCCCACUGUGACACCACUACGGCUAGAUACUCUUACUACUAGGGCAGGAGCAUCAUCAGGACUAUGGCUCGUUGUGUUGCUGCCAUUGGCAUGUAGCCCUGGAUUCUAUGCUACCUUUAUGCAGUGCACACCUUCCCCUAGACUCUUGUCUCUUUUGGCUAUUCAGGCAGGAGUCUCUGGGGUACACCUGUAUCAGCAGAUGUGCUUGUCAGGGAAAAAGCAGACUACUGGAGGUAACCAAGAAUAUUCAUCUUCUUUCAUGCUGAGAUUUGUUACACAUCCAUUUACACCCUCCCUAGUAACAGCUGGGGUCAUAUGUAUAUUGACAGAGAUACAUCCUGUAAUUGCAGUGUUCUGCACUAGUCUGUGUGCCUGGAUUUUAUAUGGGUCCACUCAGUGGUUGUUCAGAACUUUCCCAGGUAACUUUAGUCUUGGUGAAGGUGCAGUUGUAGGGCAGACAGUUGCCUUGACAGUUACGUGCUCUCUCCAUAACUUGGGUGUCCAUCUUAUGCAAACUUCCAAGCUGUCUCAAACACUUGAGAUUAAUGUUUUCAUUCAGAUUGCAGUUCUGGUACUCACUCUCCAUGUUUUUGUCAUACAUAAGGUAGCCGCCUUAAGAACGCCAAGAAUGUUCUUACCAAGCCUGUGCAUUAGUGGAGUACUUGGAGCUGCAUUGUCCUCCUUAAUAUUAAGGAAGUGGGUCCCCCUUUGGCUUCUAGAUGUGAUGUCAUCCUCCAGCAUAAGAAUGUCUUUGCUUAUGUGGUGGGGUGGCCUUGCCUUGCUAUCUGUUUUAAUUACCGUGUUGGCAAGAAGGAAAAGCAGCUUAGCGACAACUGUCCUGAGAAAAGUGUACCAUUUAGUGAUAGUUUUGGUUUUCACUCCUGGUCUGUUAUUGGAUCCUGCCAUUACCCAUCUUGCUGCAGCUGCUGCCAUGAUGCUGUUAUGCUUACUUGAGUUUGUAAGGAUAGAAGGAUUGGAACCAGUGUCAUCAAUCAUAUCCACAGCAUUUGCCACCUUUCUAGAUGAAAAAGAUGGGGGUGUGUUGAUUUUGAGUCACAUAUACCUCUUAGCAGGCGUUGCUUGUCCUCUGUGGCUAAAUCCUUGCACCUUUGAGGAUAUCAAGGGUACAUCAAGUUUGCCAGCAUCUGUCCUGCCCCUCCUGGCAGGAGUGCUUUCUGUUGGAAUUGGGGACACUGCAGCAUCCAUUGGAGGUACAUAUCUUGGCCGUAGGAAGUGGGCAGGCACCAGGAAAACGGUUGAAGGGAGUAUUUGUGGAAUUAUUGCCCAGAUGGUGGUUGUUGGGGGCUUAACCCUGUUUAAUCUGGUAGAUGUAACAUGGGCUAUUUGGGGGAGAUUGCUAGUUUCUACAUCCCUCGUAGCCAUUGUAGAAGCACUUACAGACCAGGUGGAUAAUAUAGUUUUGCCACUGUUAUUGUAUACAUCUCUAAUGGAUUUAUAGUACUGGAAAAUAACUGAAAAACUUUAUUUGCUGAAAGUAAUGCAGUAUACUUCUGUCCAAUACAUAGUGUAGUCUAUCUCUUUUAUGUAGGGAGAAGCAUAUUAUUUUAGUCUGUUAUGAAAGACUUGUCACAAAUAAUUGUUUUCUAUUUGUUUGGGUUGCAGUGGUAGCUUAGUUGUGUUGUGGAGUUACUUGUACCCUUAGCGUGUACUUAAAUAUAGUAGGUUGAUCGAUAGAUCUUUAAAUUUUCCUUGGAGACUUGAGUUCAAAAUUUUUAAUUUUUCAAAACAUGUACAUCAGGUUAUUAUUACUUGUAGUGUAUACUUUGUAUGCAGUGAAAAUGAAAAUUAUUUUUGUAACCUUUUUUUCCUGGAAAUGCUUUCAUCCUUGGAAUUUGUUUUUUAAUUUGUCCAUUGAUAUAUGCCAGCGUAAAGAAGGCUUGUCUUUUUAUAUAUAAAUUUCUUAUAUGCAGUUUUGGUUCUCUGCAUUUGAAUAUGGAUUGAUUGUCCAUGUAUCAUGAUAGUAUGUAUGAGUCAUUGUGAAAAGUAAUUACCAUUUUUUGAAAGUAGGCUCAGCUUUUACUUUAAGGGGGCCGGCUGGCUAAUGCCAUUUUUUAAGGACAGGACUUUGAUAUUCAUACCACUUGAUAAGAUGACUUGGGACAUCUCCAAACCGCUUAUGAUUUUUGCCUCUGACCUUCGGUUUUGCGACACCAGGGUGAUUUAUCCCAAAAAUUUCAAACUAUCUCCUCCCUUGAUAUUUAAUAUUAAGACCUGUGAUUACUACCAUAGAUAGACCUGAUCUAGACCUCCAAUCAAAUGAGGAAUUUUUUUAUCUAAAAGUCAUUUUUUCGCUAGAUAUGAAUUUUUCAUUAUGGUAAAAAAAAUAAACCCUAUAAAUCAGGAAACAAAAUUUAUAAAAAAAAAAAAAAAAGACAAAACCAAAAUUGGAAAAAAGGGCUUUAUUUGAUUGUUCUAUGAUGUCUUUCUGAGUUAUAUAACAAAUUUCAGUUCUAUAGCUUUAAAACUAAUUUAGAAGAUAGAUUUUGAAGGUCAAUAAGUAUACAGUGGUCCCCCCUUAUUUGCGGGGGAUGCGUACCAGAUCCCCCCGUGAAUAGUUAGAACCCGCAAAUGUUUGGAACCCCUAUAAAAACGCUAAAAACAGCCUAUUUUGUUAGUUAAAACUCAAGAAAAACCACUAAAAAUUUUCUUACUUGGUUUUUUUAAUAGAUUUAUCACAAAAGGGCAUUUUAUGAUGAAAUUGAUAAAAAAACCCAGGAAUUUGUGGAUAUUUCUCAUUGAAAAAUACCGCGAAUGUGCGAAUUUUCCACGAAUAAUGCAGGGAAACAUUCCCGAGAGAAAUCCGUGAAUGUGUGAGUCCGCGAAUCCGGAGAACGCGAAUAUGGGGGGCCCACUGUAGUUUUGAGAUAUGGGCAUUCAAAGUUUUCCUUUGUAUUUUUAUAAAGACAGUGUUAAUAAAUAUUGAUCAUUAUGAAUGUAUAUUUCUUUUUUGGGUAUUAAUAAACCAAAACUAUGUUAUUUAUCAUAAUUUAAUCAUAAAUGAUGAUCCCUUUGCCCAUAUAUCUAGCCUGGGGCACUGCAUGAUGAAAUUCUUACCGAAACAAAGAUAAACACACGUAAAAUCAAGAGAGUAUCAGAGGUGAAACUAGAAUGUGUACUAUCUUUUUACAAAGACAAUGUUAUUAAAUCAUGAUUAUUAUGAAUUUCAUAUUCCUUUUUGGGUAUUAGUAAACCAAAACUAUGUUAUUUAUCAUAAAUGAAGAUCCCUUUGCUCAAAGACCAUAGCUUGGGGUACUGCACGAUAUGUGCAUCAGUCAAGACGGGGGGCCGUUCCUGCUACACACCCCUCCCUCUCUCUCUUCACGAAUUACGCUAAUAUCGUGUAUAUUAUGAUAUUCUGUUAUCAUAUUAGAGCUAAUUUUCUUCGUCUGUAUGGUAGCGAGAUGUUUUGCUAGUCUUUUCCUCAUUGGCAUGAUGAAAUUCUUGCCGAAACAAAGAUAAACAUACGUAAAAGCAAGUGAAUGUCAGAGGUGAAAUUUGAACGUGUACACUACAAGAGGUUCCUCCUUGCACUGGAAGGUGGUAACUGACUGAGUUCCCUCCUGCCGCCUCAUGGAAACUCUACACAUGCCAUUGCUCAAAAUUUCUUUGACAAUAAUUAUCAAAAUUUAUGAUAACAGAAGAAAUAUUGCAUUUUCUUGUAUAGAUCAAUGUUUUUGGCUUAUUGAGUUACGUUUACUAAUUACCCUGUAACUACGAAAGUAAGAGGAAUUUUGACGAAAUAUUUAGUAUACGUAUUCUCCAUUGCCAUACAAAGCUCCAUGAAUUUUUACAUGACUUUGCAUUUUUCACCCUAUACCCCCCAUAUAUAAGGGUUCAGGCUGGCCCCCUUAAGUAAAAUGAUCUCUAGCUUCAAAAAAAUAAAAUAAAAUAAUGGACGUUAAAAAGAAAUGGCAAUGUUUGACCAAGUAGGAUCUUUUAAUUUUUUACUUUUCGUCUUUGAGAAAAUAGAUUCAGUUUUUAUGCCGAUGAAAAAAAUUAAUUUUCUAACUUAUAAAGUAAUAUGUAGUAGCAAUUUUUUAUAUUUUUGCAGUGUUUGCCAGGGAGCAUGUAUAAAUGGUAUAUUAAGAUAAUAAAAGAAAGUUGGCUGAGGUUUCUAACCAUAAAAAGAACAGUUCCACAGCCUUUUCAAAAUGUCAGAAUUUCAAAACCAAUUUAUACUCAUUUUUAAAAAAUUGCUUGUGCCAUUUGCAUGCAACAACUUAUUUUUGUAGCAUACUGUGGAACCUCAGCCAACAGACAUCUCCACUAGUGGACAAGUCAGCAUUAGGACCUUUUGUCCGAGGAGAAAUCUGCCCCAUUAGUGAACUUUUGCCUGGUUUAAGUUGGACAAAGACAACUGGUCAAAACCUGUAAGGGAUUAAGUACAUCGUGUGUGUGGUGAAACAAAGGGAAGGGCUCAGUCUUCACAUGGGCCUCACUCAGUGCACAACUAUGGUAAACUGUUUACGAUAUCUUUUUGUUUUGUUGCAAUAUUAAUGCACAUACAUAUCGUCAUAGCCCCUAGGAGGGCUAGAGAUGCCAGAAAGGCAAAGAGGGAGAGAAAACCAAUGGAGAUUCAAAAGCAAAUAAAUAGACAAAUAUGAUUUGGCAUUUAUGGAUGAGUACAAUCAGAUCUCACCACAGAACUGCAGGAUCUUCAGAUGAAGGAGCAAUGGAAACAAUUUCACAGAAGGAAGAGGGAAUGGAGGAUGUCCUUAGUUCAUUAUUAAAAGAAAUGUGUGCAAAAUGGGAAGUGCAGUUUCAUUGAAAAGUAGCCCCCUGAUAAAGCUGUAGGGAACCGUGCUAUAAACCUGCUGAAUGACUUUACUAUCUGUCACUUUAGGAACAUUUUAAAAUUCUGGAAAAACAUACAUCAUUGGGGAAGAUUUUAGUGGGAAACAGUGAAUCUCAAGGAGAAAGCAAUAGAAAAAGACAAAAAAGAAAAACAACCCCAUAAGCAAAGUUGCCAUCCAUUUUUAUGGAAGGAGAUUCCCCUUCCAAACAAUGUCAUCUCUUUUCCUCAUCACCUACCAUAUUAUGUCAACUCCCAAGUACAGGUAAAGUGAGAAAAACUUUGCUUUGAUUUCAUCUACUGUAUAUUAAUUAUUUUGUAUGAUUUCUGCUUGCUAGGAGUUUAGAACUGAUUAAUCCAGUUCCGUAUUUCUAAUGGAAAAAAAUUCAUUUGGUUUAAGGGCAGAUUGGUUAAAGAACAGCCUUAUGGAAUUCUUUAACCAAGGUUUUACUUGUUUUGGCCAAAUUUUUUUAGAAAAAUUAAUCAUGACAUCCAUUGUCUUAAUUAUUCUGUUACACAUUUGUAUAAGAAUUUUAAAUUAUGACAAUAAAUUUUAUGGCUCAAAAAUUUAGGAGAUGGCUAAAAACUUUAUCAAGUAUGCUGCAUAUAAUAAAUUCAGGUAGAAUAUAUAGGCUUAUUACUUUUAUGCAGUAUUCAUGGAUUUAUUUGUAUUUUGCCUUUAAGCAACACUAAAAAUAACUCUCUUAUUAGCAUCAAGUCUAAUGCAGUUUGGUCUGAUUUAUGUUUGAUAAAAAAAAGUAUUUACCAUAUUCAAUUGCUCAGUCAUAUAAAGCUUUUUUCUUCAAAAGUUUGCUGAAUUUACAAAGCCAUUUUUUGCUGCUGAUUUUUAGUUGUUUAGUAUUUGUAGAGUAAUUUGCUUUUGUUAAUCUUGUAUGUAUUUAGAUUAAAAAUAUUUUGCUUAUAUUCAUGCCCCACUGAGAGUGAAUUUUCUGUCAGUUUCCAUAUCACUGGUAUACAGGAAACUUUUGAUAUUAUGGAAAUGCUUAGUCCACAAAAAAUUUUGAUGUGAAUUCAUGCAAUUUCUGAGGGUAAUGUUCAGGCUACAUUUUCAUAACUUGUGUGAUUUGUCUUUAUUAGUCCUGGUUAGUUUUUCAGAUUAUAAGAUAUAUUUCCAGAAUGACUUAUCAGAGUUUAUUUUAAUUUGUGUUGCAAUUGUUGGUAUUGGGAGAUUGAUUUUGUUAUACAUUUGCUGCAUCUUGGUGGUAGAGCACUGAACGGUGAAAGAACUCUCAGACCAAAAAAAAAAGUGAUGUUCACUUUCUUUGACUGCCUGUGCCACAUCUGCAGUAGAGGGGUGAGUCAUGACCUUCUAGGUUGUGAAUCCCUCACUAUACUGUACCAAAUGAGCGAAAUCUUCAUAUUAACUGGUUAGUGUUAUGGAGCCACAGUGAUUGCACGGUUAAAUCUUUUGAGAACAAGCAGCAACUAGAUCAAAACCUGUUUAUUAUACAGGUUAUGAAACUCGCUGGAGCUCCAUCUUACUGCACAACUUUUUAUGUUGACCUUUUUUGUAAUUAGUUUUACAAACUCAUAUGAACACAAAACUAAUUUUGAGGGAAGGAUAUCUUCACCUUUUUUUUCAAAGACUGAAAUAAACAGGUCAGUUGAUUAUAGAAAUGAAUAAGUUGUACACGGUUGUUUACGUUUAUGUAGAUUUGUGUUUUACAUGAAAUGCUUGUCAAGUUUACAAGUCACCUCUGUAAUCUGAUAAGUAAGAUUACAGGUAGUGACCAUCUUAUGAAAAAGCCACUUUUGUAGCUACCAUUCAUAAAUUAAUGAAUGAUCUUACAUUUGAAUAAUGUAUAUCUUUCAUGUUUUAAGAAUUUACUUUUCAUAUGUAAAUUAAAACAUUUUGCAUCUCUGGUCAUCUGGUUUAAUUCAGAUAGUGCUGUUGGUUAUGCAAUACGUAUUUGACUAUAGAAUAUUCCCAGAGUAAGAAUAAAUAGUAUUAGAAAUUAAAGGUCAUGUAAUCAUAAAUUUGCUGUAAUGGUUUCUGUGAUUGGAACUUUUUAAAGCCACCCUUACCAGGCAGCAGUGGAAGAAGUAUUCUCCUGCGAAGAAAACAAUGAGGAGGACAGGGAUUGCAGUGGUAGGUAUUCAAGAAAAAUAGAAUACAUGUUUACAUUUGCUUUUAUUUUAUACUGGGUAAAAAUCUUCCUGGAUCAUAUAAAGAAUCCCAGCUUUCUAUUGAUUUAUUCUUUAUUACCAUCUAUUAUUUUUCUCUCAUAAGUUUCUUCAAUCAUUGUACAGUACAUACUGUGCUUUAUCUUUUUAUUUCUCCUUCAUGCCAUGUCUUAUUCUCACUUCUUUGAGCUAAUUGAAGUGGCAAUCCCAGUCAAUGAUCAAUUUUGCCACAGUUCAGUAAAGUAUUUACAAGUGGUAAGAGCAAAAGGACAAUAAAAAUUAUUUUAAAGAUUGCAAGAUAUAUUGAAUGAAUUUUUAUUCAUAUAUAUUUUAUAUAUUUACAAAGUCAGUUAAAAGCAUAUAGACCAUUCAAUCCCCAAUUAUAUCUCUAUUUGUUCUUUAUUAUCUAUGUUUGUCCUUUUUCUUUCUCUGUAUGUCAGAGAUUUUUUGUAAGUCCUUUAAUUCAUUUUGGAUGUAACAUUCUUUUCUUCAUUCAUUGUUUAUUCAUAUGGUUCCUGUCUUUUCAUUCAUUAUUUAUCCUUUUUUUAUUCUUCCCCUCAAAUUCAAAUCUUAUACAUAUUGGUAUAUUUGAUUCUCUUCAUUCCUCACUCUUUUGUCUAUGCUUCCCUCACUUUGCGUUGGGAAAGUAUGUAGUCCCAAACCUCCCGAUGUUAGGGGAGGGAAUGGUCACAAUGGUCCAACGGUUGUCCAGGUUGUUUUUGGUGGCAAAAGGGAAGUGGAUUUGAAUCCCUUCCCCUUUUGUUUCCCACAUUUGGUUGGAAUGGGUAAAACUAAGGAAUUUUUUAUGAUUUUUUUUUCUUUACUUUUUGCGAUUCAGUAUUGGUGUACAUUUAUUAUUGCUAUACAAUUCACAAUGCGUAAUGCAGUACAGAAGCAUAUUCAAUUGAAAAGUCUUAAGCUGUAAAAUCUUUCUCUUUUUUUUUUUUUUUUGCUUUAUUUCUUUACCCUUGCACCAUUUAUUUAUUUACGUAUUUAAUAUUAUUAAAUUAAAGUUUGAAGUAAAAGAAAGUAAAUAGUAGGGUUUUCUUUCUGUGGUUGGAGUAUGAAAUUCAUGAGAAUCCUUCCAGUAUUAGAACUUCCUCCUCACUGGAGUAUCCAUAAAGCUUAAACUUGUACAUAUUCAUAUGAGUAUUUAUUUAAAAUAUGCAUAUACUACUUACCCAAAAUGCAAAAGUUAACAAAAUACAAUCAAUACUGUUUGCUCUAGAUCUGUCAGGUGUAGAAUUUGCUGCCAUAUACUGUAGUAAAACAGAUUAAUUUAUUUUCAGUAAGUAGUAUUUAACUAACCCCUUAGAACUAUUUUCCUAAAAAUACUCUUAUGCAAGAAAUAAAAUAUUCAUUCUACAAAUUACAUGAAGCUGGGGUACGUAUAUGUUGAAAUAUGAUGGAUCUUUGCUCAUGUGGGCAAAAAUGGAAAUUAAGGUGGUUGUAAAGCAGCCAAAGUUGCAGCUACUGCAACUAGAUCAUAGGUAUGUAGUCAUUCCUCUCCGUGGCUUUUUGACAUUUUUACAACUCAUUUUCAAUAAAUUGCAAAUUUUGUGGAGAAAUGAAUCUGAAAACUGAAAAUUAAAUGUGCAAACUUCAUCCAUUAACAAAUGUCAAGUGUCCAAAUAAAUCAGUUCGAAGAAAUUUGGUCAAAAUCUUCUUCAUUUUUGGCUUUGUAAUUUAGUAAGUUUUUGAAGAAUUACUGUUUUUUUUAAUGAAAUCUAAUUUUCAUUAUUAAAAGCAACCUUCAUGUCUGGUAAUACAGUAGCAUUUUGGCUCAUUAGUCUGGUUACUCCAUUAUAACUUGGGAUUCAAGAAUAUAAAUAUUGUUAGUAAUCCAGUCCAGAGUAAACUGAUGGGAUUAAAUCCUGAUUGUGGGGAUUGCAGCUAUUUUCCAGUACUAUACAGGACUAUUUUUCAAGUGUGAUUUGUUACGAUGUAAUGCAUCUUAAUUGUUUACGCUGGUAAAUUGUAUGUUGUCAGAUUGUCUAUUAUAUUUUGUAAAGGUUGAGGUGAUACUAAAAUUUCUAUGGAAAGAUAAUGAAAAUGUUGAAAUAUAAUGUAAGAGCAACAUUGGAAAAGGUUGAGAAUGUACAACAUUUGGGAAAUUAUUAAUCAGUUAUCUUGAAUGGAGAAUGAAGUUUUGAUAACAUUUUAAGGGCAAAUUGUUACAUUCCAUUAUAUAGGUUAGUACUGUUCUUCAGUACUAUUUUGAUGUAAAAGGCUUUCCUUGCUAUUUUAUAUCAUGAGAGUUGCUGUUUUUAUGUUUGGUUGUGAUUAAACAUGUUUCUUCUGUAUUUUUACAUGAAUUAUGUUACGUACAUAGCAACUAUCUUACCUUAAGAUUCUUUAAAUGAUUUUAUACUUAAAUUAUGAUAAUUCUAGAAUAAGAUUGGUGAGUGCAAUAAUUGUAAGAAUUUAAGAAUGAGAGCAGAAAGUCUGUCUACUAAUGAGAUUGGUAUGAUACAUCAAAUUUAUUUUAAAUGUCACCUUUUUUAUGUUAUUGUAAAAUAUGAUUAUACUACAUUAGUCUAGUAAGAAAAUAGAUUGGUUUAAACAGUUGUCUUUAUUGCUUACUUUCUGUUAGAUUGCAAAGUAUAUUUUAAAUUAACAUAUACCUGCCCACUUAAGAUAUUUAUAUACGGUGAUGUGUGUGUAUGUGUAAAAUAACAAAAGAAAAUAGUUUUAUUUAAUGAGAACUAGUUUUGGGUUAUAAAGAGCUAGUUAAGGCUGAAUUGCCAAAUGUGUUAUAAUGUACAAUUAAGAGGCAUGGGAACAGUAAAAAAUAGUGGUGUGAAAUCCUCCCAAAAUUAUGCAUCGUACAUAAACAAUGCAUAGAAUAAAAUAGAUAUAUUAAUUAUUUUUUAUAUCAUUUAUUAGUACAAGAGAAUCUCAGUUCUUCCUUUAGUGGGCCACACAAUGAGACUGCAGAAUUAUAUGUUAUCUACAUUUUUGUUUAUCAAGAGUUUAGCAUUUGUUAUUCUCAUAGAAUUAUUUGUAUUCAACUUUUGUUUAUUAAGAAUUUGGUAUUUGUUAUUCUCAUAGACUUUGGAUCCUUCAUGAUAGGCUAAGAGGCUCUUGAUCUUCUGCUGGAAAUAUAUGGUUUGUAUUUUAAAAUUGUAAGUAAUUCUUAUUUAUAUAUACUGUAGUGGUGAGCCAGAUUUAAAGUAAUAUGUUAUAUAUAUACACAAUCCCUUGUUAAUAACAUACUAGGAAAUUGCUGUAAGGAAACCUGGUGUGGAAUAUUGAACUGAUAGCUAAGGGCAGUGCCAGACCAGUUUGAAAGCAUAAAUAUUAUGUGCACCAUUAGCAGUUAUAUAAUGUUGGGAACAUCCUUUGGUAGACUUGUUCUUGAUGUUCAAAGAUUGAGCAUUCUGAGUAUUGUUUCCUUUAUUUGAUCUCAGACUUAAAAAAAAAAAACCCUUCUACCGUGGAUCACAAUUACAAUAUAAACAUGAAUUUUGACUUUUUGGACAAAAAAGAAACAGAUGAACAAGGUUAACCAAAUAAAAGGUAGUUUACUCAACCAUUAUUUGUAACUCUCAGACAUGGCAAAGUACUUACUACUCUAGAGCAUGAUAAACUGGGAUAGAAGUUCUUUACAGAUGACCAAAUAAUGAUAGACCUCACUUCCAAAAUGCAAUAAUUUUCUCACUUUCUCAAGUAGUCUGAAAAGAUUCAAUUAUAAACAGAUGACUGUAAAGUGAAUCUGUGUACUCUUGUGGAAAUAUAUACUGGAACAUUAUUAGACUGAGUAUAUUUUCUUUCACUUUUUAUAAACAGAUAAUUUAUCUGCUCUCUCACUGUACCAGCACAGCUAAAUUAAAUUUUCUAUAGAAAAAAUCUUUGACCAUCAAAGGAAAUAAUUACCCCCUUUAUGAAGCCUAAAUAAUUUUCAUUUCUUUUCUACACUGGUUUUCUUUGGGCUUAAGAAGACAUACAGUAUAUGGAUAUAAACUUGUAGUCAAUAUCAGGACAGUCACAACUGUUUUGUUCCUAUUACAGUUUUUUUUAGCAGUCUUGGAAAAAGUUCUUAAGAACUAAGUUAACCAAUUUUGUGGUUUUUUGUAGUAAGUAGUUUAUGUGGCUUGUCAUGCAAAGUUCCUUACACAAGGGAGUGGAUUAAGUUUUUCAUUUUAGCAUCAUUCUUGUUAAAUGACAAGAUCUUAGUCCAUCAUUCGAGAGUGAAGUCCUGGUGGAAGAUUGACGAUUUCUCAAAGGUAGUUCAGAACGUUUGCUAUGCCUUUUGACCACAGCAAAGACUGACGGGAGUUCCCGUGGUAGCUUCAGAUGGAUGUCCCAUGUUUUCAACAUAUGAGAUCAAUCUCCAACUGUUGUGUCCUCCAGAGCAAGUCAAUGGAUUAAUUCAAUCAAGCCUGCACAGCCUUCAUCGUGGGAUUUGGAAGAGUCGUUAUGUUCACUCAAGACUGCAACCCUUACCAGGUAGGAAAAAUUCUUGUUUCAUAGUUUAUUUACAUUGGAAUUGUUCCUACGAGAAUAUGGACCUCUGUCUUAUUCUGGGAUUCAGACCUACUGAACUGGUUGGGUAUACUUGAGUCUAUCCAAGAAGGCUUCAAGGCAAAGGUAGGAUGAGGAGCUACUUCCCUUUCUAACUUAGCUUAGCCUAAGUGGUCUAGUUCUUAGCCUGGCAUAGCCUAGCUAGUCGAACCUGCCUUAACAGUCUUAGCCUAAUGUAAGUGGUUGAGUUCUCAUCCUUGCAUAGUGUAGCUAGUCAAACCUACCUUAACCAUCUUAAUCUACCUUAAGUGGUUAAGUACUUGACCUGACCUAGCAUAGUCAAACCUUCCUUAACCAUCUUAGCCUAGGAAGUGGUUUAGUUCUUAGCUUAGCCUAGCCUAGCUAGUUCAAAACUAUACCUUAACCACUUUAGCCUAGCCUAGGUAGUAGAGUUCUUAGCCUAGCAAGUGGUAGAGUUCUUAACCUAGCCUAGCUAGUUUGAUACUACCUUAACCAUCUUAGCCUAGCUUAAGUAGUUGAACUCUUAGCAUAAGUGGCUGAAUUCUUAGUCUAACGAGUGGUUAGAUUCUUACCCUGGCCUGGCCUGGCCUAGCCUAGCCUAGUUACUUCAAACCUAGCUUUUCCAUCUUAUCCUAACUUAGAUUGUUCAAACAUCUCUCUCUAUCUUAUCCUAGCCUAGGUGUUGGAGUUCUUAGCCUAGCCUAACGUAGCUGGCUUGAGCUUAUAUUUAUUGAACCUACUCUUCAAUUUCCUAGAGCAUGUUCUUCUACUUAUUCAUGAAUUCUGCAAAAGAGUUUCCCCAUUCUUCAAGAGUUUGGGAUUGGGUUAGGAUAGGUUGGGUUGAUUCCUAGUUAACCUACCUUUUUAUAUACAAGUACGUACUAACCAGAUCAGUAAUGUAUCUCAAUAUCCUAGUGUUCUUGUCUUUGCAGUAGUUAAGAUCCAUCUUAGCUCUGCGGUGCAUUGCUCAUGGAUGUCCCCAUGGUGGUUCCUUAGUCAAGGGAAGCCUGUCCUAUCAUCAUAGGAUGUCUCCUCCGAUGGGUAGCAUACUGAUUGUAUGUCAUCAUAAGGGAUCACCCUUAGGACUUUCUGUUUGGAGGUGCACAUUUUCUUGGCAGCUCAAGGUCUUCUCCCUGUAUACAGUGCAGUUACUUUGACAAUGCACAAGUUGACAGUAAGCUAUUUAGAAUGUAUCUGCGAUGAGCAUUGUUCAUUGGAGCAGAGGACUGCCUUCUGGGUUCUCUGAGAGGUUGAACGAUGGAGUGCCCAGUCACCCUUCCUCGGACCUUCUAAAGUCCCAGGAAAUUGUGCUCAACUCCAGCACACUGAUGUGGACUUGGUUGUCCUGUAUGUUCCAUGCCCCUGAGGCCAGGAGCCUUUCAAGAUUCGAGAUGAGCAUCCCAUCCUCGGAGGAAACUUGUGAGUACAGGAACAAUUCAAAGUGAUGGAUUAAGGGCAACUCCCUUUGUCAAGCUCCAGUCUUAGGUUAACCCUUGUAGCUCCUUAACCACAAACUGAGUGGCUGAGAGAUUCCUCCCUAGCACAACCUUCUUCACCAGUUUCUUGUAGAGAGAUGCCACCAAUCACUAGGAUCUUCAUCUCUUCUUCUCUGGAGUUGAUCCAGGAUCUUUCCUGUGGAACAGCAACUCAGAUUUAAGGCUAUUAUUACUUCAGAUGAUCUUCGUCAGCUAUAUAAAAGAUGAGCCAUCUGCUGCUGUGAUUGGUGUCAUCGAAAGGCUUUUCCUCCAGUCAAGAGUUCUUGUUCAGUGGACAAGAUCUUCUCAAUGUUUUUCAGAACAGAGGUGGUUCCUUCUGUUGAUAAUGGCAAGGUGCUACAGAACUUUCUUGUGAUUAGCUCAUCUGGAGGAUGGGGACCUCUCUUCGCCCUCAGAAUCCUCAGUGUGGUUAAAGAGCUUGGAGCGGUCUUGUUCACCUAGGGAACUCAGAUCUCCUACUGGGGACCUUACUCUGCUACUGAGUAUUCUCUCUCAACCUCCUCUGAGCCCAAGCAUUAAUCAUCUCUCAGGAAACUGAUUUUGUAAGCAGUUUAACCUCUGACCUUGGUUUCCUUGAAGGAUUGGAAAACUUCAGGGUCCCAUCAAGCACUGCGACAUUAUCCGAAUGUCUCAUCUUCUAGUGGCUAGGUGUCAUAGACUUCAUGUUAACACAGGCCAAGUCAAGAAAGAGGUGUCCUAGAACACCCUUUUUGGGUUACUAAAUGGGGUGUUUAGACAAGUGGACUCAUCAUCAAGUUCUACCACCAAUUGGGUGCAUGCAGAGGCACAUGACACCAGAGGAAUACGUUCCUUCCUGGCAUUCCAAAGUACUUAUCUGUUCAUAGGAUUUGAAUGCUGGUUCAUGACUGCCUCAAACCACUUUCAUUUUCUUCUGCAUCUAGAACAUUGCCCAUACAUCCUUGGAUCCAGUAGUGGCCAUUCAACAAGUGUGACUUAUCCAGUGCUCCUAAAAUGAUUGUGUGGAGUAGGAAAUGAGGGAGUUGACUGGCCUCUUUUCUUUCCCUUUUCUCCUUUCUUCAUACCUACGGGCACUUUGAAGAAUAUGCACAUCACAUGCUGGAACUGGUUGAUACAGGCGAGCAGAGCAUUGCAGCCAGACUGUUACAGCACUUUUCAUGUUCCAUGCAACAAGCAAGUUGCUUCUUAGUAGCUUAAACUCCUCUCCAGCAAAUUUAUUGCCUGAACAGAUAUAGCUCUUUUGGACUUCCAUGAAUACAGUGAAUCUGGUUAUAGUUCAUUGUGUGUGAACCCAGUGGACUGAGCGUUAGAUAUGGACAUAUCUAACUUCUCAAAGGCUUACAUCCUCCUCUUUAGAAUUCUCAUUUCCAAGAAAAAUGAUCAGGUGUGCUGAACCCCCAGUCAGUUCAGGAUUCUUAUACCUUCCUCCAAGUACGAGUCUAUCCUAUUGUUAAGAACGAAGGUUUGUUCCACGUAUGAACAAAUGUAAAAUUUUUAAUUAAUUUGUAUUUUUUAUAGCUAACAAACCUUAGGUCUUAACACUGGCUGCCCAACUCUAGCCACCCGUCUUACGUUUCAUCCUGAGUUGGAAGAAAGAUGGGUGCAUCACUGGAUUCAAGUGUCCGGUCUCUCGACUUGCUUCUACCUCAAGUAUGCAUCGGAUGCUAGAUGCCACAGAUUCCUUGAAUUUACAGUCUAUGAUUGUUUUUAACUGGUUUCCAGCUGGCGCCAGAAGAUUUAUCCUAUUUUUAAGACCUCAGGUUUGUUAACUAUGAAAAGUACAAAUUAAGAAAAAAUUUGUCAUAUCAAUUUGUUGGCUAAACUAACAUAUACUGGGAAGCUAUAACAAGGAUGAAUUUUUCUGUCUUGGGAUGUGUUUGGUACUUUGGCACAUCUUGAUAUUGCUAUCAAUAACCAAAUAUUUUCAUAGAAUAUUUUAUGUGUAUUGUUAAUUGGUUAGCACCUUCAGAAAUGCAUUUUUAUGAGUCACCUGAGCAUUGUCAAUUUUACUUUGUCAUACUGUACUUUGAAAAUGUCAGGUACACAAUAACAAACCCCCACAUAUGUACAUAUAAUGAACAUAAGUUUUCAUGAUCCAUAUUAACAAAAUUACAGCAGAAAAGUUAAUUUCACCCUAACUUUCCUCUGGGCUGCUACUAUAAAUGGUUAAUAAAAGUUUCUCUCUUCCUUUUGUCACUCAGGAUUUUGUAAAAUAAGGCAGUGUUUGAAAGUGUGACAAUACCUGAAAAUUUUAUAUUACUAAUUUUACAAUAUCCAAACUUGCAUUCCAGUUAUUUUCUAUUCACUCUGUACCCCAGUUUGUUUAUUACAUAUUGUUUUACAAUUACUAUUCACACCCCAAACUGUAAUAAUUGACUCCAAGUAAAUAUAUGCUAAAAAAGUUUUUUCUGUGUGUCCACCUAUAAGAAACUAUACUAUUGUAGUUAAUAAUUACUAAUUUAUAGGUGUAACACACUAGUUUAAGCUUCCAUAAAAUAAUGGUUAGUAUACUUUAAAAUUAAUGUUUAAACAGUCAUUGUGUCUAAUACCAAAGGUUGUAAUCUUUAAGUAAUAUCAGUGGCAAUAAAUGAACUGUAAAAAUAUUUUCAAUAUCAGCAGCUUUAAUUAGAAUAUGGAUUAUACUGUCAAAUGUUUGUGUUAAAUCAGGACAUAAUGCAAUCCCUUAGUGUUGAAUUUCAUGAAUUUAAUGUCAUGCUGUUGUACAUUACUGGUUUGUAGGAGUUACUUUUAUGUGUUGUUUGUUAUGUCAAAAGAAUUUUGUUAGUGGGGUUUGAAAUAUUAGAAAUUUCAAGCUUCCAGUUGAAACAAUUUUUUUGGUGUAUGCCUGAGUAGGUUGUAUAUUAGCUUUGCAUCUCAGUUUUGUCCACAUUAAGUAUAAUAUAUCCUGGAAAUUCUUGCUUUAUAAGAAUACUAGUCAAAAAUUUGUUUGGAAUAUGUAGAUUUUUCAUUAAUUACAGUCUACUAAUAUGUUAAAUAAAUUUACAUGUAUCAUAAUGAACACAAAAUCAAUAAAAAUUCAGUUAAUAUUUU